UCUCUGCCGCACAUCAAAAGGGCCCUUCUACUGUCCAAGUCGCCGGGAAGUGUCAAUCUUUCUUGUCGUCCCUACCGAGGAGCAGACCACUUUAUUUUUCUUUGUAUCAGCGCCCCUUUUCAGCGUCCUCAUUUACGCGUUGACCCCUGUAAACAAUGCCUCCCAAACGCAAGACCCAGGUUGCCGUAGAAGAGCCAUAUCCCUACGAGUUCUUCGGGCCACCAGGAGCACUAGCCGUCUCUUUAGGCCUCCCGCUCGUCUGCUAUGUACUUGCAUUCUCCUGCAAUGGCGUCUCUGGAUGCCCCGCCCCUGCUCUUCUGCAUCCGUCAACUUUGACUUUGGAGACAUUGAAGCAACAGGUCGCCUGGCCGGGCUUCUCAGGUCUGCUCAACACCAAGACUGUCAUCGCUACGUUUGGGUACUACUUGCUCAACCUCACCCUCUAUGCAUUGCUCCCGGCCUCUGAGGUCGACGGGACCGAGCUGGUGUCAGGAGGACGUCUCAAGUAUCGCUUCAAUGCCUUCUCCUCGUCCAUCUUUGUCAUGGUCAUUUUGGCAGCGGGCACUGUCGUUGAGGGCGCAGAUUUCGCCGUCUGGACUUUCAUCUCCGAAAACUACAUCCAGCUCCUCACCACCAAUGUCUUGAUAGCGUUCUUCCUCGCGGUAUAUGUCUACGUCGCCUCUUUCUCUGUCCGCAUGCCUAACAAGGAUAUGCGCGAACUUGCAGAAGCCGGCCACAGUGGCAACAUCAUCUACGACUGGUUCAAGGGCCGCGAGCUCAAUCCUCGCAUCACUCUUCCUCUAUUUGGCGAGGUCGAUAUCAAGUCCUUCAUGGAACUUCGGCCGGGGCUACUUGGCUGGAUCAUUCUCGACUGCGCCUUCAUUGCCCAGCAAUACCGCACGUUCGGCUACAUCACCGACAGUAUCUUGUUCGUCACCUUUGCUCAGGCGUUAUAUGUUUUCGACUCCUUCUACAUGGAGGCAGCUAUCUUGACCACCAUGGAUAUCACCACCGACGGCUUCGGCUUCAUGCUGUCAUUCGGCGACCUGGCCUGGCUCCCAUUCACCUACUCGGUGCAGACCCGUUAUCUCGCACACUACCCUCUCGAGCUUGGCUGGUGGCUCGGUCCUAUUCUGGCCGUACAAGGUCUCGGUUACGUCAUGUUCCGCUCCGUCAACAAUGAGAAGAAUCGUUUCCGAACCAACCCCAAGGACCCCAAAAUCAGCCAUCUGAAGUACAUCCAGACCGAGGUCGGCUCCAAACUGCUGAUUACGGGUUGGUGGGGCCGUGCACGCCACAUCAACUAUCUCGCUGACUGGUUCAUGAGCUGGGCGUUCGUACUUCCAACGGGCAUUGCUGGCUACGUUAUUAAGAGUGCAUUGAAAGAACCGAUCACAGCGACCCAAUCGACUGCUAUUUUCGACCGCCAAAUUACUGGAAGAUAUAGGGUUCAAGCUGAUGCCGAGGGCUGGGGCAUGCUGAUCAGUUACUUCUUCAUCUUGUACUUCGCCGUCUUGCUGAUUCACCGGGAAAGGAGGGACGACGAAAAGUGCAGGAGGAAAUACGGAAAGGAUUGGGAGAAGUACUGCGAGAUUGUGCCGUACAGGAUCGUUCCUGGUAUCUACUAGCUGUGGACCAACUCCUCGCCGUCAGGCGUGUAUUAUAAGUAUGUGUAAUAUUCACCAGGUGGAGAAAGCCCAUCACAGUCGGAGAGUAAUGAGGAGGUAGUAGUUUGAAUAAAUCUGAUAAUGUCAGGAUGAGAACUGGGUUCUCGGUGAGCGCACUUGAUAUCAACAGCCUUUUCAUCCUUGAAGCUGUUCGACUACUCUUGGUACUAAAAUAUGACGUAUGUCUAAAACCGCGAUCGUCGUCCACAA